ACACACCGCUCACUGUAAUUUAUACAUCCGUAGGCCUACUCCGAUCUGAGGGCUGAUUACGCAUUAAUUUCAUUAAUUGUACAGGCCUUCACUUAUACACAUUUCAGUCAAGUGUCUUUUGCCAAUAGAAGCAUUAUGGCUGCCUGCGUGUCGUGGGUUUCAUGUCUUUGCAUUCAUGUUUCAAUAUCUGCCUGGUAUGUUUACGCUCUGUCGUUUUAUACCAAUUUAACGACUUCGGGUAUAGACACCAGAAAGAUCACCUACGGUGGGAAAUGGAAAUAUUUAACCUUCCUCAAUUUGGUUUUGCAGACCUUGUUCUUCGCACUGUGUGUCCUGACGGACAUUGUCAACUUGGUGUUUCCUGCAAAAUAUAAACGCGGUGGUGGGUUUAAAUCCCUUCUGGUGAAAUUAAGAGAUGACUUAUUCACUAUGUUUGCUUUCCCAUAUGCAACCUUUGUGUUUUCAUCUUUCUGGUCAAUCUAUGCUGUUGACCGUGAACUAGUGUAUCCAAAAGUAAUCGAUGCCAUUAUUCCUUAUUGGUUGAACCAUGCAAUGCACACCAUAAUUGUGCCAUUGGUGCUUGUGCAGAUGUACAUUCAGAAUCAUGCAUAUGCUUCCAGAAUUAAAGGUGCUACAGUGAUGUUGUUCUCUGGUCUACUAUAUAUGUCAUGGGUCCUCUGGGUGCACCAUGCCUCAGGCAUUUGGGUUUACCCCUUCCUUAACAAAUUAAGCCUUGUGACCAUACUUCUAUUUUUUGGAAUCUGUGCUGGCUUGCAAUAUCUACUGUAUCUGCUCGGUGAGAAGAUCAGUGGCAGAAUCUGGGGCCAUCCAGGUUCUCAGAAGAAAAGGUGUUAAAGAGUGUAAGUGUGUAAGAUCAGCCACAAGAACCUGAGAUCUGGUCUGUAGUGCCACCCCUGGACUGGACACAUGGGACCAACAGACCACAUCUCUGACUCUCAAAGGAGUUUGGAGGAUCUUAGAUGUACUCUAUAUAUCCAAGAUUGAAAUUGUGGAAAGCAGAAAUACAGGGGUCAAAGAUGAUCCUUGACAUUCCCUUAACCCAUAGUCGGUUACCUUUUUGUUUCCUCUGACUCUUCUUUGUAAUUGAAGUCUGUAGCAAUGUCCAACUGCAUGCCACCUACGUGACUACCACACUCCACCUGGGUGAACCUUACUGGGCUCCUCAAAAACAAGGACGCAGGGUAGUGAUGUUGAAACCGGGUUUUGCCAAGGUUGAAUAUAACGGAGCCGGAAGUGUAACGCGUGUUUUAACCUGUUUCCCAUUGAGCAAUCAAUGUGAAACAGGUGUGCAGCCUUACCACGCCCCAGUGUCUGAUCAUUCUGGCUUGGGCCAGAAUGUGAGGCUGUGGUGAGGCUGCUUAAACCAGCCAUCAGCCACACACACUCCUAUAGCCUAUCUCUCAUUCUGUCUCUUUCAUCGAUUAUUUUACCGUGAAAAAAAAUUGUCGUUUUGGAAGAAUUAAAGGGAAUUCCACCGUGAA